GCCAGGACAACAACUGCGCCCGCCGGCCUCCGCGCCUCCCGCACCCGCUCGGCUCCGGGGGACUGCGCCGCCGCCCCUGCCUCCUCGCCCCCCGCGCCUGCCCGGGCCCUGCGCCCCGGAUGCCCGGCCGGGCCCCUGAGAUGCGCGGGGCGGGCGCGGCGGGGCUGCUGGCGCUGCUGCUGCUGCUGGGCCCGGGCGGCGGGGCCGAGGCGGGGCCGGCGGGCGAGCGGGGCGCCGGCGGGGGCGGGGCGCUGGCCCGCGAGCGCUUCAAGGUGGUCUUCGCGCCCGUCAUCUGCAAGCGGACCUGCCUCAAGGGCCAGUGUCGCGACAGCUGCCAGCAGGGCUCCAACAUGACGCUCAUCGGCGAGAACGGCCACAGCGCGGACACGCUCACCGGCUCCGGCUUCCGCGUGGUGGUGUGCCCUCUGCCCUGCAUGAACGGCGGCCAGUGCUCCUCACGCAACCAGUGCCUGUGUCCCCCGGACUUCACGGGACGCUUCUGCCAGGUGCCCGCCGGAGGAGGGGCUGGCGGGGGCGCCGGGGGUUCGGGCCCGGGGCUGAGCCGGGCCGGCCCGGUGGCCCCCGGUGCACUGCCGCCCCUGGCUGCGGAGGCCGAGUCCGUGGCCAGCAAGCACGCCAUCUACGCGGUGCAGGUGAUCGCGGACCCGCCCGGCCCGGGUGAGGGUCCCCCGGCCCAGCACGCCGCCUUCCUGGUGCCGCUCGGGCCCGGACAGGUCUCAGCGGAAGUGCAGGCCCCGCCCCCCGUGGUGAACGUGCGCGUGCACCACCCGCCCGAGGCCUCCGUGCAGGUGCAUCGCAUUGAGGGCUCCCCGGCCGAGGGCGCGGCCCCCGCCCAGCACCUGCUGCAGCACCCCAAGCCCCCGCAUCCGCGGCCACCCACCCAGAAGCCCCUAGGCCGCUGCUUCCAGGACACGCUGCCUAAGCACCCCUGUGGCAGCAACCCUCUCCCCGGCCUCACCAAGCAGGAGGACUGUUGCGGGAGCAUCGGCACCGCCUGGGGCCAGAGCAAAUGCCACAAGUGUCCCCAGCUGCAGUACACUGGGGUGCAGAAGCCGGGGCCUGUGCGUGGAGAGGUGGGUGCAGAUUGCCCCCAGGGCUACAAGAGACUCAACAACGCCCACUGCCAGGAUAUCAAUGAGUGCGCCAUGCCGGGCCUGUGUCGCCACGGUGACUGCCUCAAUAACCCUGGCUCCUACCGCUGCAUCUGCCCACCAGGCCACAGCCUUGGUCCCUCCCGCACACAGUGCAUUGCGGACAAGCCGGAGGAGAAGAGCCUAUGUUUCCGCCUGGUGAGCUCCGAGCACCAGUGCCAGCACCCACUGAACACACGCCUUACCCGCCAGCUCUGCUGCUGUAGCGUUGGCAAGGCCUGGGGCGCGAGGUGCCAGCGCUGUCCAGCCGACGGCACCGCUGCUUUCAAGGAGAUCUGCCCAGCUGGGAAGGGCUACCACAUCCUCACGUCCCACCAGACGCUCACCAUCCAGGGUGAGAGUGACUUUUCCUUGUUCCUGCACCCGGACGGGCCACCCAAGCCCCAGCAGCUCCCCGACAGCCCCAGCCGGGCACCACCGCCUGAGGACACAGAGGGAGAGAAAGGGGUGAGCACAGACUCGCCCGCCAUGCAGGAGCAGUCAGUGCAGCACAGCCACCCGACCGCCACCACGUCCCCCGCCCGGCCCUACCCCGAGCCCAUUUCCCGGCCCUCACCACCCACCAUGCGUUGGUUCUUGCCGGACCUGCCUCCAUCGCGGAGCGCAGUGGAGAUCGCCCCGACUCAGGUCACAGAGACGGACGAGUGCCGGCUGAACCAGAACAUCUGCGGCCACGGGGAGUGCGUGCCGGGCCCCACGGACUACUCCUGCCACUGCAACCCGGGCUACCGCUCACACCCGCAGCACCGCUACUGCGUGGACGUGAACGAGUGCGAGGCGGAGCCCUGCGGCGCCGGCCGCGGAAUCUGCAUGAACACCGGCGGCUCCUACAACUGCCACUGCAACCGCGGCUACCGCCUGCACGUGGGCGCCGGGGGGCGCUCGUGCGUGGACCUGAACGAGUGCGCCAAGCCCCACCUGUGCGGCGACGGCGGCUUCUGCGUCAACUUCCCGGGACACUACAAGUGCAACUGCUACCCGGGCUACCGGCUCAAGGCGUCCCGGCCGCCCGUGUGCGAAGACAUCGACGAGUGCCGGGACCCAAGCUCCUGUCCCGACGGCAAAUGCGAGAACAGAGCGGGAAGCUUCAAGUGCAUCGCCUGCAAACCGGGCUACCGCAGCCAGGGGGGCGGGGCCUGUCGCGAUGUGAAUGAGUGCGCUGAGGGCAGCCCCUGCUCACCGGGCUGGUGCGAGAACCUGCUGGGCUCCUUCCGCUGCACGUGCGCCCAGGGCUAUGCGCCGGCGCCCGAUGGCCACAGUUGCCAGGAUGUGGAUGAAUGUGAGGCUGGGGACGUCUGUAACAAUGGCCUCUGCACCAACACGCCGGGCUCAUUUCAAUGCCGGUGCCUCUCCGGCUACCAUCUGUCAAGGGACCGUAGCCACUGUGAGGAUAUCUAUGAGUGUGACUUCCCAGCAGCCUGUAUCGGGGGUGACUGCAUCAAUACCAAUGGCUCCUACCGAUGUCUCUGUCCCCAGGGACACCGGCUGGUUGGUGGCAGGAAGUGCCAAGACAUAGACGAGUGCAGCCAGGACCCGAGCCUGUGCCUUCCCCACGGGGCCUGUGAGAACCUGCAGGGCUCCUACGUGUGCGUCUGUGAUGAGGGCUUCACACCCACCCAGGACCAACACGGCUGUGAGGAGCUGGAGCAGCCCCACCACAAGAAGGAGUGUUAUCUGAACUUCGACGACACGGUGUUCUGCGACAGCGUGCUGGCCACCAACGUCACCCAGCAAGAGUGCUGCUGCUCGCUGGGCGCCGGCUGGGGAGACCACUGUGAAAUCUACCCCUGCCCGGUCUACAGCUCAGCUGAGUUCCACAGCCUCUGUCCCGACGGGAAGGGCUACACCCAGGACAACAACGUUGUCAACUACGGUAUCCCGGCCCACCGAGACAUCGACGAGUGCAUCCUGUUCGGGGCGGAGAUCUGCAAGGAGGGCAAGUGCGUGAACACGCAGCCGGGCUACGAGUGCUACUGCAAGCAGGGCUUCUACUAUGACGGGAACUUGCUGGAGUGCGUGGACGUGGACGAGUGCCUGGACGAGUCCAACUGCCGCAACGGAGUGUGUGAGAACACGCGGGGCGGCUACCGCUGCGCCUGCACGCCCCCGGCCGAGUACAGCCCGGCGCAGCGCCAGUGUCUGAGCCCCGAGGAGAUGGACGUGGACGAGUGCCAGGAUCCGGCCGCCUGCCGUCCAGGCCGCUGUGUCAACCUGCCCGGCUCCUACCGAUGCGAAUGUCGCUCGCCCUGGGUGCCCGGGCCCACGGGCCGCGACUGCCAGCUCCCCGAGAGUCCGGCCGAGCGCGCCCCGGAGCGGCGGGACGUGUGCUGGAGCCAGCGCGGGGAGGACGGCAUGUGCGCGGGGCCCCUAGCCGGACCCGCCCUCACCUUCGACGACUGCUGCUGUCGCCAGGGCCGCGGCUGGGGAGCCCAGUGCCGUCCGUGCCCGCCACGGGGCGCCGGCCCCCAGUGCCCGACGUCGCAGAGCGAGAGCAAUUCCUUCUGGGACACGAGCCCCCUGCUGCUGGGGAAGCCCCCGAGAGAGGACGACAGCUCGGAGGAGGACUCGGACGAGUGUCGCUGCGUGAGCGGGCGCUGCGUGCCGCGGCCCGGCGGCGCCGUGUGCGAGUGUCCCAGCGGCUUCCAGCUCGACGCCAGCAGGGGGCGCUGCGUGGACAUAGACGAGUGUCGCGAGCUGAACCAGCGCGGGCUGCUGUGCAAGAGCGAGCGGUGCGUCAACACCAGCGGCUCCUUCCGCUGUGUCUGCAAAGCCGGCUUCGCGCGCAGCCGCCCCCACGGGGCCUGCGUCCCCCAGCGCCGCCGCUGACACGGCCGGACCCGGACCUGAGGCCGCCGCCACUGCACCCGGGCCAGCUCGGCCUCUGGCUUUGGCCCCACCCGGGGCUCGGCCGCCAGGACCGUGUCUGGGUCCAGCAGAGCCCCGGGCCCCCAGCCUCCUCCCCGAGGC